AUGCCUCCAAAAACUUAUUGCUUAUCAAAACGCCAAAAAGCAGAUACAGCAUCACGUUAUUGUUUUGUAUCAUUUCCAUCCGAAGGAACACAUGGUAUUUGGCCUGACCAUUUGAUUCGAGGGAAAGGUCGUUUUGGUUUUGAGGCAAAAUUUGGGAAGCAAUGGUUUGAAUGUCGUAUUGAGAAGGAAGGUUCAAUGGAAGAGUGCGAAAAGGCCCAAGAACAAUUGGAAAAAUCCAUUUCGACGUCUCACAAGCAAUGGUCUUCAGCUGAAACUGAGUUAUCUGAUAAUGACGAGAGUAGUAUUAGUAGUAGUGACAACGAACAAGAGGACAACUACAUUCUUGAAAAAACCAAAAAAAGUCAUAUUAUAAACAGCAAGACGAAAACUAAAAGCAAACCUGUUGUUCUUUCAACUGAUGAAGAAGAAGCUGAAAUUUUAACAAGUAUCCGCAAAUCCAUCAUGAAUUCCAACAAACGUCCUCGUAAUUCCAAUGUCGAAGAAAAAUCAAAAAAAAUGAAACUUGAUGAUAGAACUUCUAUUGAACAGUCAUCACCAUCAAAUACAAAUUUAUCACCUGAUGUUGAAAAUAAAGUAGAAGAAAUUGUAGAAAACAAUUUGGAAGAGAUGAAGAAAAUGGUCACAAAAAUGUAUCAUUGGCAAAGACGUACAUCAGCAAGUAAUAAGAUUGAAAACAACAUAAAUUUGUUGACGCUACCUGGCAAAACAGCUAGCAGAUUUUUAUUAUCGGCUGCACGUGUUGUUCUAACAGAUGAACAAUAUACAAAUGGCUAUUUACCUGAUUUUCGUGGUAAUAAAUCAGGACGUGUGCCAAUUCCUCAAGAAUCAGUCAAUAAAUUACGCGGUUUUAUAAAAUACUUAUUUUUUUAUCUAUGCCUUGAUGAUAAUUGGUGUUUUGUUGCAGAUGCUGUAAAAAAACGAUUCGGCUACAACGAAGAAGAUAUGAACAGUAUAUGGACAACAAUUCGAACUAGUCUUGUGCAAAAGGUUAAUGACAUUCGAAAAAGCAAUAAACGAAAGAGUGCAACCAACUAUUCUGUUGCUUCAUCUGAACAACCUGAUGAUCUUCCACAUGCUGCUGCAAAUGAUCAUAAUGAUAUGUCUUUUAAAUCAUCACAUCAAUAUAUAAUAGAAAGAUCCGAACGUCGUAAAAAGAAGACCAAUCAACAAUCUAUCAGACGUUUUCGAUGUAAACGAAAACGAUCUCUUGUUUCGCUUCUUUCUGCAUCUUCAAUUUCUUCAAAUUUUCUUGAUCAAGGUUCGAUAGCAGAUGAAAAUUGUAAUACGCAACAACCAAAUUCGUCUGAGAAUGAUACUUUUACAUGCACUUCAUCAUCUAUUAUCACGGAUCCAUUCAACAAUGAUAAUCUUAAUUUAUCAAAUGACAGUGACAACAAUGUUCUUAUCAAUACGUCAUUAACAUCGUCAUCGUCAUCAUCAUCGUUGUCAUCCUAUUUAGAAUAUUAUUCAAGUGAUGAUGAAUUAAAUACUACAUGUUCAAAUGCACAUAUGUCUGACCAUAGACCUCUUUAUGCAUCCACCUCCACAACUGUCUAUCAAUUUUCUCUCGAUAUUCUCGAGUUUUGUCGAACAUCACGUCUACCUGAAAAGCAACGUUGUUAUCUUCUUGAACUUUUUCGCAAGCAUCUACCCUCGCCCAAUUUGGUACCAAAAUCAGGCAAUGAUCUAUUGAAUUCUAUUGGUCUUGGCAAAUUGUAUAAUACGGAUAAGAUUUGUGGUGUAUGUUAUUCAUCAUCAACAUCUGGAAUUUGUUCAACGACCAAUUGCAUUCAUGAAGAAAUGAAAAUUCCACCUGAUGAUGUAGUUCAACUUAUUUCACUUGAUGUAACUGAACAAUUAAAAUUAUUAAUUAAUAAAAAUAUAGAUCUUCUUCGACAAUACCAAAAACAAGCUCGAACAAAAACUACAUCCGAUGCAAAUGAUAUUCUUUAA